UUUUGUGCAUUGCAUCUUCUCUGUGCUUCAAUGUGCCUAGUGCAGUUGUUGGACCCACUGCUGCAGCACUACCUCGGAAACACAGGAAUUUUACACCUUACACCUCCGUCUCUCUCCCUGUCUUUGUUGCAGAACGGAGCAGUUCCAGGCGAGCCAGUAAGGAGGGAUGAAAACUCCCGGAGAGGGAACUGGGGCAACCAGAUAGAGUUUGUCCUAGUCAACGUGGGCUAUGCUGUGGGCCUGGGGAAUGUCUGGAGGUUUCCCUACCUCUGCUACAGAAAUGGAGGAGGUGCCUUUAUGUUCGCAUACUUCAUCAUGCUGGUGUUCUGUGGCAUUCCUCUCUUACUACUGGAACUCACCUUUGGUCAGUUCACCAGCCAGGGAUGUCUGGGAGUGUGGAGGAUCAGCCCCUUGUUUAAAGGUGUGGGCUACAGCAUGAUGGUGGUGUCCACCUUCAUUGGGAUCUAUUACAAUGUGAUCAUCUGCAUUGCCUUUUACUACUUUUUCAUGUCCAUGACAACCUUGCUCCCAUGGACCUACUGCACCAACCCCUGGAACACAGCGGACUGCAGCGGGGUGGUGGGAGGAGGCAGCCACUGGCUCAACACCAGUCGAGAUAACACCACCACCAGCCUGCUGGUGUCUGAGGUGGUCAACCGCACCAAGAGGACCAGCCCCAGUGAGGAGUACUGGAAACACCAUGUGUUAAACAUCUCUGAUGAUAUUGGGAACUUUGGAGAGGUGCGUCUUCCUCUCCUGGGCUGCCUGGCUGUGUCCUGGGUUGUUGUCUUCCUCUGUCUCAUCAGGGGCAUCAAAUCCUCUGGAAAGGUGGUCUACUUCACAGCCACUUUCCCCUACCUGGUUCUGACCAUCCUGUUCAUCCGUGGCAUCACCCUGGAUGGAGCCAUCAACGGCAUCAAGUACUACCUGACUCCACAGUGGCAGAAGGUCCUCGAUGCAAAGGUGUGGGGAGAUGCAGCAUCUCAGAUCUUCUACUCCCUGAGCUGUGCAUGGGGGGGUCUCAUCACCAUGGCUUCCUAUAACAAGUUCCACAACAACUGUUUCAGAGACAGCAUCAUCAUCAGUGUGACCAACUGUGCGACCAGCGUGUACGCCGGCUUCGUCAUUUUCUCCAUCCUGGGCUUCAUGGCCCACAACCUGAACGUCCCCGUGUCGGAGGUGGCCGACCACGGCCCGGGCCUGGCCUUUGUGGCCUACCCAGAAGCCCUCACUCUGCUGCCCAUCUCCCCUCUGUGGUCACUGCUCUUCUUCUUCAUGCUCAUCCUGCUGGGACUGGGGACUCAGUUCUGUCUGCUGGAGACUCUGGUGACGGCCAUCGUUGAUGAGAUCGGUACAGACUGGAUCAUCAGGAACAAGACGGUCGUCACGCUGUCAGUGGCCAUCGUUGGAUUCUUACUGGGAGUCCCACUAACCACACAGGCAGGAAUCUACUGGUUGUUGCUGAUGGACAACUACGCUGCUAGUUUCUCUUUGGUCAUCAUCUCCUGCAUCAUGUGCAUCUGCGUCAUGUAUGUUUAUGGCCACAGGAACUACUUUAAAGAUGUUGAGAUGAUGCUGGGCUUCCCUCCUCCUCUCUUCUUCAAAGUGUGCUGGAGAUUCAUCUCCCCCGUCAUUAUCUCAUUCAUCCUGAUCUUCACAGUGAUCCAGUACAAGCCCAUCACCUACAAUGACUACGUGUAUCCCGGCUGGUCUCUGGCUAUCGGCUUCUCCAUGGCUCUGUCCUCAGUGGUCUGCAUACCCAUCUAUGCCCUCUACAAGAUCUCCAGGUCCCCAGGAGCCACCUUCAGAGAGAGGUUGAAGCGCGCUUGCCGGGCACAUCCGAAGUGGGGCCCCGCCCUGCAGGAGCACCGGACAGGCCGCUAUGCCCCCAUGGUCUCUGAAGACAGUACGGAGACCCUUCCUCUCAACGAGAUGGAGGAGCUGAAGGAGGAAGAUGACAUCAUUCUCACCAUCCAGGGAAGCAACAGCUCCAACGACUCAAACAACAACCUCCGCACAGAUUUUGUUAGAAACCUACGCAGGGGGUAGUGAGAUGCUUUUUGUUAAAUACUCUUAUUUGCUCUCUUGCUUAGAGUUAGCUAAAAAGGUCAAUACAUUAUGUUAUGUACAGUAAAUAUGUAUCUUACGAGACGAAAAAAGCUUCUAGAAAGACAGCCCUGUGUGGGAUUUAUUGACAAGUAUCACAAAACAUAUACAAUAUUCAAGAUACACAAACCAGGUCCUUGUUUUGAACAGCAACUGUCCAGUUUUCAUAUUUCCGUCACUAUUAUAUCUAAUGUUCGUGCGUAAGAUAUCAUGCUUUCCUGUUAUUGUUCCAAAUGGUGCUGUGGGAUUUCCUAAAUCAGGGCUUUCCUGUAAAGAGACUGUGACUGUUGGUCAGAUUUCUGUGUUUGUCAAAACAUAUGUGUA